UGUCUGGCUGUCCCUGAGAGAACUGUGAGAUGGUGUAUGGUGUCAGAUGAUGAGGCCAGAAAGUGCUCUAGUUUCCAGGACCAUAUGAAAAAAGUCCUUCCAGCGGAUGGUCCCCUUCUGAACUGUGUGAAGAGAACCUCCUCCCUUGAGUGCAUCAAGGCCAUCACGGCAAACCAAGCAGAUGCUGUGACUCUUGAAGCAGGAUGGGUGUUUGAUGCAUCCCUGGCCCCUUACAACCUGAAACCUGUCGUGGCAGAGUUCUAUGGGUCAAAAGACAAUCCUCAAACCCACUAUUAUGCUGUAGCUGUGGCACUGAAGGGCAGUGGUUUCCAGCUGAACGAGCUCAGACACAAGAAGACCUGCCACACAGGCCUGGGCAGAUCCACAGGAUGGAAUGUCCCCAUCAGCUUACUUUUCUCUGACUUGGCGGAGCCCCCAGUGUCCAAGUUCUUCUCGGGCAGCUGUGUCCCCUGUGCAGAUUCUAAAAGUUUCCCCAACCUGUGUCAAUUAUGUGCUGGGACAAGAACAGCCAAGUGUGCCUGCAACUCCCAGGAACCAUACUUCGGCUACUCAGGUGCCUUCAAGUGUCUGAAGAAUGGUGUUGGGGAUGUGUGUUUUGUGAGGCACAUGACAGUGUUUGAGAACCUACCAGAUAAGGUGCACAGGGACCAGUAUGAGCUGCUCUGUCCAGACAACACGCGGAAGCCAGUACACGCAUACAAAGAGUGCCACCUGGCCAAGGUCCCCUCUCAUGCUGUUGUGGCCCGAAACGUGUCUGGCAAGGAGGACUUGAUUUGGGAGCUUCUCAACAAAGCGCAGGAAUAUUUUGGAAGAGACAAGUCAACAGAAUUUCAGCUCUUUGGCUCUCCUUACGGGAAGGACCUGUUGUUCACAGACGCUGCCCACGGUUUCCUAAAGGUCCCCCCUAAGAUGGAUGCCCGGCUGUACCUGGGAUACGAGCACAUCACUGCCAUUCAGCAUCUAAAGGGAGGUGAAGUCGACUCCAAGAAGGUACAGUGGUGUUCAGUGGGUACCCACGAGAGGGCCAAGUGUGGCACCUGGAGUGCUGUGAGUGGCGGCGCUUUGGUGUGCACCAUGAAGGAGACCACCGAUGACUGUAUCGCUGCCAUUGUGACAGGAGAAGCGGAUGCCAUGAACUUAGACGCAGGAUCCAUCUAUACUGCCGGCAAGUGUGGUUUGGUUCCUGUCCUGGCAGAAAACUACAAAUUUAAAGAUGACAGUGAGGCACGUGGGUCUGAGUGUGUAAAUAUCCCUGUGGAAGGUUAUUACGCUGUAGCAGUGGUUAAGAAAUCAGAUGCUGACCUCACCUGGACCACUCUGAGAGGCAAGAAGUCUUGCCACCCCGCAGUUGGCACGUCUGCAGGCUGGCACAUCCCCAUGGGUUUAAUAUACAACCAAACCAGGUCCUGUAAAUUUGAUGAAUUGUUCAGUGGAAGCUGUGCCCCUGGGUCAGACCUCAAUUCCAGUCUCUGUGCUCUGUGCAGCAGCAGUCUGCCAAGUCCAACCCACACAUGUGCCCCCAACAGCCACGAGACUUACUAUGGCUCUGCAGGGGCCUUCAGGUGUCUGGUUGAGAAGGGAGAUGUGGCCUUUGUGAAGUACUCCACGGUCCUGCAGAACACCAAUGGAAAGAACCCUGCCCCAUGGGCUAAGGAUUUGAAGCAGGAAGACUUUGAGUUGCUAUGCCUUGAUGGCUCCCGGAAGCCUGUGACCGAGGCUCAGAGCUGCCACCUGGCCUUAGUCCCAAAUCAUGUGGUGGUCUCAAGGAAAGAGAAGGCAGAAUUUGUUCGCAGAGUACUCCUCAACCAACAGGAGCUCUUUGGAAGAAAUGGGUUUCAAUAUGCGAUCUUCCAGCUGUUCACAUCCUCAGGCAAGGACCUGCUGUUCAGUGAUGACACUGAAUGUUUGGCCAACCUUCAAAACAAAACAACUUAUGAAAACUACUUGGGGGCCAAGUAUCUUAUGACUGUUGGUAACUUGAGACAAUGCUUAACCUCUGAACUACUGGAGGUCUGCACAUUCCAUAACAAUUAA